UUGAUAAUAAACAAUACCUACAUACUCAUCUAUAUAAACCAUAUCAGAAUACUUGAACCAUAUCACUAAACUACAAAUCCUAAAUACACAAUACCUGAAAAAAAAAACAGAUUUUUGUCUUCUUUGUUAGGUUUGGCAAUGGAUCUAGCCAAACACACGAGAGUUCAGAUAUUGGGAUGCAUACUCCUUGCAUCACUCGCACUAACAAUGGCUGAUACACCACCGGGCAUAGCCAAAAACCCAAGCCAUGCAACAUGUAAGAUCAAGAAGUACAAACAUUGCUACAACUUGGAACAUGUUUGCCCCAAGUUCUGUCCUGACUCUUGCCAUGUUGAAUGUGCUUCUUGCAAACCCAUAUGUGGCCCUCCUUCCCCCGGUGAUGAAGGUGGUGCUGAUGACGGUGGAUACACUCCCCCGGAUCCAGUUCCACCUGUUUCACCACCACCUCCUACACCUUCCGUGCCAAGCCCUACUCCACCAGUUUCACCACCGCCUCCAACUCCUACACCAGCCGUGCCAAGCCCUACUCCACCAGUUUCACCACCGCCUCCAACUCCUACACCAGCCGUGCCAAGCCCUACUCCACCAGUUUCACCACCGCCUCCUACUCCUACACCAGCCGUGCCAAGCCCUACUCCACCAGUUUCACCACCGCCUCCUACUCCUACACCAGCAGUCCCAACUCCUCCUGAUGUUACUCCUGCUCCUCCCACACCGUCCGUGCCAAGUCCUCCUGGUACUCCCUCUGCACCAGUCCCUCCAUAUUCUCCACCUGUGAUUCCUACACCUCCUUCUGUUCCAACACCUCCUGGCUCCACUCCUCCUUACAUCCCCCCGUCUUCUCCUACUCCAACCCCGCCAUCAGAUGGGGAGGCAGGAGCAGGAGUCACAAGAGCCAGGUGUAAGAAGAAGGGCUCUCCUUGUUAUGGAGUUGAGUAUACUUGCCCGGCCGAUUGUCCCCGUUCUUGUAACGUUGACUGCGUUACUUGCAAACCUAUUUGCAAUUGCGACAAACCAGGAUCGGUUUGCCAAGACCCACGUUUCAUUGGAGGAGAUGGUCUCACCUUUUACUUCCACGGAAAGAAAGACUCUAACUUCUGCCUCAUCUCCGAUUCUAACCUCCACAUCAACGCACAUUUCAUCGGUAAACGAAGGUCUGGUAUGGCACGUGACUUCACAUGGGUCCAGUCCAUUGCUAUCCUCUUCGGCACUCACCGUUUCUACGUCGGAGCCCUCAAGACCUCCACGUGGGACGAUUCCGUUGACCGGAUCUCUGCCUCUUUCGAUGGAAAUCUUAUCUCACUUCCUCAACUAGACGGUGCCACGUGGACUUCGUCCCCUGGUGUAUACCCUCAGGUCUCAGUCAAACGAGUCAACGCUGAUACAAACAACCUCGAGGUCGAAGUAGAGGGCAUGCUUAAGAUCACAGCAAGAGUGGUGCCAAUAACAAUGGAAGAUUCAAGAAUUCAUGGUUACAACGUAACGGAGGACGACUGCCUGGCUCAUCUCGACUUAGGCUUCAAGUUCCAAGACCUUAGCGACAACGUGGAUGGUGUUUUGGGACAAACGUAUAGGUCUAACUACGUAAGCCGAGUAAAGAUCGGAGUCCACAUGCCUGUGAUGGGUGGUGACAGGGAAUUUCAGACCACCGGUCUUUUUGCACCUGACUGCUCAGCCGCAAAGUUCACUGGUAACAGAGGCAACAACGGUGGCCAGAGCAGAAUGGAGCUCCCUGAGAUGAGUUGUGCUAGUGGCGUAGGUGGCAAGGGAGUGGUCUGCAAGAGAUAGACGUUUUUUUUGCUCUAAACUUCACUACUAUUACUACCACUAUACAAUAUGGGAAGUGGUAAACUAUAAUAUUAUAAGCUAAUUAAUAAAUGUAACACUGUUUUUACUAUUCAACAUGGUAAGUAGUAAAAAAUAAUGGAGAAAGGAAAAUGUUAUUUUAUUACUAUUCUUGAAAUAAAUGUAUUGUGAAUUUAUAUUAAUUGCUUCCUUUUACGUUUUAAUAACAAAAUGAUUUGAGAAAAUUGUUAAACAUCAUCAUGAUAAUUGAUAACAAAAGAAAAGGUUGUAAAAUAAAAUUAGAUAAUUGCCAAGUAAAAAAUACAUCAUCUUUUGG